CCGGUGCGGUUCAGAACCAGCUCCCCGGAUCCCUAAACCUAAGCGGAAGCGUUCCCCACUCGGUUCGCAGGGGACCACGUGGGGCCGGGGCAACUUCGUGGCAGGUGGAACCAGGGCGCCGACGCAUACUGCGGGUCCAGGAUCAUGGCUAACAGAGAGCGUACUUUUAUUGCCAUCAAGCCAGAUGGGGUUCAGAGGGGUUUGGUUGGAGAGAUUGUUAAACGCUUUGAACAGAAAGGAUUCCGUCUUGUUGGCUUAAAAUUCAUGCAGGCUUCUGAAGACCUUCUCAGAGAGCACUACGUUGAUCUGAAGGAUCGCCCCUUCUAUGCGGGCUUGGUAAAGUACAUGCAUUCUGGGCCUGUGGUAGCCAUGGUCUGGGAGGGGCUGAAUGUGGUGAAGACAGGUCGAGUGAUGCUAGGAGAGACCAACCCAGCGGAUUCCAAACCAGGGACCAUCCGUGGGGACUUCUGUAUUCAAGUUGGCAGGAAUAUCAUUCAUGGCAGUGAUUCAGUGGAGAGCGCUGAGAAAGAGAUCGGCUUGUGGUUUCAUCCUGAUGAACUGGUUGAUUACAAGAGCUGUGCCCAGCAGUGGAUCUAUGAAUGACGUGGAGGAGGCAUGUGGAGCUUUCUCCAUUGCCACAGGCAGGGUACCGGGAUGUGACUCUGCCUAUUUCCAGGGACUUCCAUCUAGACUGUGGAGACUUCUGUGCUUGCCGUUAAUGUUGCUUGCUCAGUGUUCCAUCCUUCUGGUCAUAUUAAAAGGUUGUGGGAGCUAUU